AUGGUCGGCCCUUCAACAAAAAAGAGAACAAAUGACGGCCGGCUCGCGCCCCCCUCAAAAAAGCAGAAGAGGCAAGACAAGAAGCAACCCGAGGGCGCUUCCGAUGAAGAGCAGGAUUUCGAUGCCGUCAACUUGCUCGACUCCGACGACGAUGAUAUCCUGAACGCCGCCGUCGACGAUGGCGCCCCCUCAGACGAUGAUGACUCAAUGAGCUCCGGCGACGAGCGGCCGGCUGCCAAGAAGAAGGCCUCAAAAGCUGCCAAAACUACAAAGCCGAAGAAGAGCAGAGACGCACCCGUCGGCACUGACGAGUCCGAGUCGGAUUCCGAGGCGGAAGAGAACGCCGAUGGCGCGCCACACAAGAGCAAGAGCAAGCGUAACGACCCUGCCGCCUUCUCGACAUCUAUCUCUAAGAUUUUGUCCACCAAACUAUCUAACGCGAAACGCGCGGAUCCCGUUCUUGCUCGCAGCGCCGAGGCCCAUGAGGCGGCCAAGGCGGCCGUUGACAAGGCGCUCGAGGCGAAGGCUAAGAAGCAGAUGAGGCAACAGAAGAAGGAGGCGCAGGAGAAGGGACGUGUGCGCAAUGUGCUUAUUGCGCCGGAGGCCGAAGACACAUCGACAGGAGAGAUGCUCGAGUCGGAGAGGCGGCUGCGCAAGGUUGCGCAAAGAGGUGUGGUCAAGCUGUUCAACGCCGUGCGGGCGGCGCAGGUCAAGGCUGUUGAGGCGGAGAAGAAGGCGCGCAAGGACGGCGUGGUGGGUGUUGUGCGAAGGGAGGAGAAGAUCAACGAGAUGAGCAAGAAGGGAUUCCUGGAUCUGAUCGCUUCCGGCGGUGGAGGGCUCAAGAAGGGCGCACUGGAGGAGGCUUGA